AUGAAAGAAGUUUUUAAAAAAUUGACAAAUUACUUGAUAAGAGUCUAUUUGAAAAACGAAGAAAAUCAAAUAGUUUUCCCUAAACAAGUUAUUUUGCUCUUCAGAGUCUAAUAGGCCUUUUUAAGUCUGUCAUACAUCUAUGGGUAAAGUAAUUACUACUACAUUUAUAUGAUAUCAAUGUAUGCCAGGCCCCAGCUGUUUUUCACAUAAUCAGAAAUUCCUUAAUACAUCAUCUUAAUGCUCAGUGUCAUUUAUAUAUUUACAUUACUAACAAUAAUUCCAUAAAAUAAAAUAAUUGGGAUAUUUGGAUAAUUAUUGAGAAGUAGUUUGCUAAAUUUCUUUUUUGAAAUUUCAAAAGGAUCUAUUUAAAUUAUUACUCAUACUUUACUAAUAUUAAUUUCAUUUUCGGAAACUUUAAUUAUAUCUGGAACAUUGAAUGUCUAGACUAAAAACUUUUAACAUACUAGAUUUACACAUUUAGAUUUAAUAGUAGUUAUUUUUAAUUAUUUACUAAUGAUUUUCUAUUCAUAUGGAUUUUCUAAAAACUUAAUUGUGAUUUUUGCAAUUAUUUUAAAUAUAUUGAGAAUCAUAAAUUAAUUGUUAUUUUCAUCAUUUAAAAAUCUUAUUACUAAAACGAUACUCUUAACAAUUAAAAUUAUGACAUUUUUUUUUGGCUUUUUUUGGUUAGCCUCUUUAUAAAUUCAUUUAUCAGCUUAAAUUGUAAUGAUACCUUUAAUUUAUAAAAUUAUCUACACUUAUUAUGAUAAUCAAUUAAAUUCUAUUAUGUAUAACAAUUCAAAAAGGAUUACAUGUCAUAUUAUUAAGAUAUUAGUUUUUCUAGAAAAUAUGAAAGACUUAUAAAAUUUAAAAAUACAAAAACCAAAAAAGGCUAGAAAUAGAAUUAUUUAUUCUUCAUUUUUGAUGUACUAAAAUAAGAAUUAUUCUGCAUUUUUAGAAUUGAAUAGCAUUUAAGAUGAUCAAUUAAGUUUGAUUGAAAGUUUAAAAAAAAAAAUAAUUUUGUAAAAAUGCAUAAACAACAUUCAACAAAAAAUUUAUGGAACUAAUAAAACAGAUAAAAUUGCCGAAACUAUUAAAUUAUUAUUAAAAAGCGAAGAAUAAAAUUAUUCAAUCUAGAAUGAUAUAAUAGAAAUAAUUAAAGAUAAAAUUUAAUGUUUAGAGUUAUUUCAAUAAAAUCAAUCGCAUAGAUCAUAUGAAAAUUAUUAUUAGAAAACUAAAAAGAUUGUCCUUUUUAAAGAAAAAUUAGAGAAAUAAUAUAAUGCAUAUCCUUGUGAAAAAACUUAAGGAAUUUUAGGAUUUUUCUAUGGUGAGAUUAUGAAUGAUUAUAUUUAAGCUAAUUAAUUAUUCAAUUUAAUAGCUAUGAAAGAUGAAAAAAUCAAGAAAAUUGCUUAAAAUUAAGAAAUUUUCUCAAACAAGAUGGUAUUUUUAAUUUUAAAAUUUGAUGGAAAACUAAUUAUCAAAAGACCCUCAAAUGAUGCAGCAUCAUUUUUUUAAUUAUGUAAUCAAUAAUUAAAAGGAUUAAAAGCAUCUUAUUUUAUUCCUAAAGGAAUUUAAGAAAUUCAUGAUGAUCUUGUUUAAGAUUUCAUAAAAAAUGGGAAAUCAAAAUACAUGAGAUAAUUAAAUUAAUGCCUUUUUUAUAAUCAUGAAAUGGAUUGUAUGAAUUCAUUUGAAUUAUUAUUCGAUAUUAACUUUGUUGAAGAAUUAAAUUUUAUUGCCUUCUUCUAACCAACUGCUAAUUAAACUAUGAAAAUUAUAAUAAAUGAUAAAUUAAUAAUAAAAUGUUUAAGUUAGUAGUUAAUUUAAGAAUUAGGAAUAAAAUAACAAUAUAAAUAAUAUUUAGAUGUUUGCAUCAAUAAACUAAUUCCCAACUUUCCUAAAUAUUUUAUCAAUUAAUAACAAAUUGAAAAUACAGAAAUCUAUGUUGAAAAACAAUUUAAUGAAUAAUCAUAAGUAUCAUUUCUUCCUUUAGUUUACAUAACAAAUAGUAGUUUGCAUUUUGGUUUUCCAGAAAAUCUUCCAAAAUAUUAUAUAAUUUCGUUGGAAAAUUUAAAAAGAUCUCCUUUUUAUUUUUGCUAAAAUUAAUCAAAUUCAAUUACUUUUAUAAGUCCAUAAAUGCAAUAAAAAACUCUUUGUUCAAUCAAUAAAAUAAAUGCUGAAAGUUGUAUACAAGUGCCCUAUUUUGAAGAUGAAAUUAUAAGAAAUCAAUCUAUAUUUUAACUGAAUUAACACGAUUUUUAAUUUAUAGAUAAUACUCCUACUGUAUAAGGCAAAAAGAAAUAAGAAACUAAAUUGUUAUCAACUCUUGAAUAUACUAAUCUUAAAAGUACAACCAAAUAAAAUGAGGUUUUGUUAGCUGAAUAGAAGUUCUUUACAAAAUCAAAAAAAAAAUUAUUAGUUUCUAAGUAAGUGUCUAAAAUUAUAGUAGUUUGGAUAAAGAAAUAAUUAUAUAAUAAGCAUAAUCAUCAUAAGUUUCAAGUUUUCUAGGUGCUAGAAACUCGAAAUAUUAUAGAUAAUUUGAAAUGGUUACAAAAAUAAAAGAUUUAAAUAGUUAUUCUAAAUUGCAUCGAAGCUUUCUAACUUCUAUUAUUUUUUGCGUUAUAUUUUAAUUCAUAAUUUAAACAAUUGUAAUUAAUUUUUUGAUUAAUUUAGUAAAUAAUUGAAUUGAACAUUAAUUUAAGAGAAUUGGUUUCCGAUAUAGAUAUAUUAUAAAUAAAAAAUUUUGUUUUUUAACCUCUAGAAACCUUCUUGUUAACUAGAUGGACUAUAUUUAAUUAUAAAUUACUCAAUGAAGCUGGAAAUAUAUCUAAUUCAGAGUAUUAAAAUUUAAUAUAAUUUCCUUUAUCAAAUUUAAAAUUAGGAUAUGAUACUUUAGAUAAAAAUUUAAAGUAAGUAUUCAAUCGACCUGCACUAUAAAAUUUCCUUGAAAAUACUGAAAUAGAUAUUUAUGAAUAUAUUACAACAAAUUAAGGGGAAUUAUAUAAAUUAAAUCUAAGAAAUAGUAUUAACAUAUUAAAAAACUUUUAAUAUUCAUUUAAAAUGGCAUAUGAAUUAGAUGGAGGAAUUAUUUCCGAUAGUCCUUAUGUCUUUUUCUAAUAUAAGAAUUACUUAACAAUAAAAAAAUAAUUCUCUGAGUUAAAUACUAUAGUUUUAGAUUAAACUUUGAAAAGAUCCCAUAAUAAUUAAUCUAAACUCUCAAUUUUGACUAUAAUUUGUUUAGGAGCCUUGAUAAUAUAAUAUUGUUUUUCGGCUAUUUAUUUUUUUUAAAUAUAAAAGUAAGUGCUCAAACAUUUUUCGUUAACCUAAUAUUUAUAAAUUUAAUACAUAGAAUUCGAAAUGAAUUAUUUAAAAAAGAUAGUUGAAGAGGUCAAUAAAGACUAAAAUUUAUUAUUUAGAUAUUAAUUUCGGUUUGAAAAUAAGGAAUAUCUUUUGGAUAAUACAAACCUUAAAAUUUACUAAAGAAAGUGUAGUAUAAAACGACUUAGCAUUUUAAAUAUUUAUGAUGCUUGUUAUUAUUUAUUUUUUUUAGCAUUUUUGAUAUUAACUGCAGGGAAUGCUAUAUUAACUUUUUAUGAAGGUUGGAAUUAUUUAGAAAAAUAUCCAGCAACUGCUAAAUUUUAUAAGGAAGUAUCUGAUGUUGGUACAGAUGUUCCAACUAUGUUUGCUUAAAGAGAUGUUCUAUACAGUCGUAAUGCAAUCAUUCCAUAUUUCUCUUAAGAUGAAUAUGAAAAUUUACUUUAAGAAAUAGUCGAAUCAUUAAAUAGAACCUCAUAUUUCAUUUAAGAUGACUACAAUUUUGAUUAGUAAAUAUAUCUAUUCUAUUAGAUAUGUUGUUUCUACAUAAUUUAAAAUGUUCUUUUCAAAAAUUUAAAAUGAUAAUUUGUGUGAAUUCAUACCAAGAGAAUUAAUGAAUACUUCUAGUAGUAUAUGUUCUAUUGCAAUGAAUUAAAAUAUGAAAAGAGGAUUAUAAGCAUUAUUGAUAUACAUCAUAAAUCAUAUAACAACAGAUAUGGAAAUUAAUAAAUUCACUUCAAGAAGUUAAGCAAGUUAUUUAGAAUUAGAAGGUGCAUUUUUAAUUUCAAAUAUAAUAAAAGUUGUUAAUGAUUAAUUUAAUAUAGAUUUAAUGGAUCAAACAAUAUAUUUUAUUAAUCUAAUUAACGUAAACGAUUAAUUUAUAUUUAGAUCCAUAACAUAAUAAUGUUUGUCAAUUUAUUAUUUAUAGGAGUUUUAAUUCUAAUACUAAUUAAAAACAAAUUAAUUGAAAAACUUCACAUAGCAUAAAGAUUGGUUUACUUAAUGCCCUAAAAAUCAAUCAUUUUAGAUUCAAAUUUUGAAAGGGCUCUUCGGUCAUUAGUACAGGAUUAAUGA